AUGAAGAAUUUGUAUAUUGGAUUAUUAGCUGGCAUUGGCUCAUCCCUUCUUGGCUAUAUAUAUCAAGACUUGCCUAUAGUUUAAGUGAUUCCUUAUGCUAUUGGCUUGAUAUCUGCAAAAAAUCCUGCUAUUAUAUUGGCUUGUUUAUUGAAAAUAUCAAUUGAAGGAUAUCAUUAGGCAUUUAAACUUAAUGAAAAUAGCCGAUAAGAUUUGCAAAAAUAGGACAUGUAUGCUGGGAUUGCUUCUGGCGUGCUAUUAUUGCUUGGAGGAAGAUUUGAUAAUGGAUUUUCUUUAGGUGUUACUUUGAUGUAAGAAGUAAAAAGCGUGUUAUAGUAUAAUUAUAUCAAGUACCUCAAUUGA